AAAAAAGAAAGAAAGAUCGAUCAUUGGGUAGAGAGGAUUAAAAACCCUAGAAUCCGUCAACGCUGUGACUAUUCUCUCUCUCUACAUUUCUCUUUGUUUUCGGCGAUUGAUUUUCAUUUUCUCGUAAGACAAAUCAAAAGAUGAGGGGAUUGGCGAAGAAGCUCGUGUCCAGAUCUCUCUCCAUCUCCGGCAAAUGGCAGCAGCAACAGCUUCGCCGUCUCAACAUCCACGAGUAUCAGGGAGCUGAGCUGAUGGGUAAAUACGGAGUGAAUGUGCCAAAGGGAGUAGCUGUUUCUUCCUUGGAUGAUGUUAAAAAGGCUAUCGACCAAGUUUUCCCUAAUGAAACCGAGCUGGUCGUUAAGAGCCAGAUCUUGGCUGGUGGAAGAGGUCUUGGAACCUUCAAGAGUGGUCUCAAGGGUGGUGUUCACAUUGUCAACCGUGACCAGGUUCAAGAUAUUGCUGGAAAGAUGCUUGGACAAGUACUCGUCACCAAACAAACUGGUUCUCAAGGCAAAGUUGUCAGCAAGGUCUACUUGUGUGAGAAAUUGUCACUCGUCAAUGAGAUGUACUUCUCCAUCAUUCUGGACCGUAAAUCUGCUGGACCGUUGAUAAUUGCCUGUAAAAAGGGUGGUACCAGCAUUGAAGAUCUUGCUGAGAAGUUUCCUGACAUGAUUAUCAAGGUACCGAUCGAUGUAUUUGCUGGAAUUACUGAUGAAGAUGCUGCUAAGGUUGUCGAUGGUCUGGCUCCAAAAGCCGCUGACAGAAAAGAUUCGAUUGAACAAGUGAAGAAACUAUACGAACUCUUCCGCAAGACUGACUGCACAAUGUUGGAAAUCAACCCACUCGCUGAGACAUCCACUAAUCAAUUGGUAGCUGCCGAUGCCAAGUUGAACUUUGAUGAUAACGCUGCUUUCCGUCAGAAAGAGAUCUUUGCCCUUCGUGAUCCAACACAGGAGGAUCCACGAGAGGUGGCUGCUGCAAAAGUUGACCUGAACUAUAUCGGAUUAGAUGGAGAGAUUGGCUGCAUGGUGAAUGGUGCUGGAUUGGCCAUGGCAACCAUGGACAUCAUUAAACUGCACGGUGGUACUCCCGCAAAUUUCCUUGAUGUUGGCGGAAACGCUUCUGAGCACCAGGUGGUGGAGGCGUUUAAGAUACUGACGUCGGACGAUAAAGUGAAAGCAAUAUUGGUGAACAUAUUCGGUGGAAUAAUGAAAUGUGAUGUGAUUGCUAGUGGAAUUGUGAAUGCUGCUAAAGAGGUGUCACUGAAAGUACCAGUGGUGGUUCGUCUAGAAGGAACAAACGUUGAACAGGGGAAGAGAAUCCUCAAGGAAAGUGGAAUGAAACUCAUAACGGCUGAUGAUUUGGAUGAUGCUGCAGAGAAAGCUGUCAAAGCAUUAGCUAAUUAAGCUUAUUGAGGAGAUUGUUUACUCUCUCUCUGCCCCUCUUUAUACAAGAAGCUUUUUUUAAGAGGUUUUUUUCUUCUAUGGUUCUCAACCAUCUUUAUGGUCGACGCAAUCGCAUAUUGUUGGGAUAUAAUUUCUGAAACAGAUCAAAUAAUGAACUGGUCUCUCUUUACCUGUGUGA